CUUGCACACUACUGGAUAAUUGCAUUUGGUGCCCCCAGUCUUCGAGUGCCUCACGCUGAACGAUUGCACCUAGCCAUGAACUCGCUGGAGGCAGGGCGCGUCCUUAGCGUCCUCGACGAGGCUCUAGAGGGAAUCAGGCUGAUUUCAUAUGUAACACAAGAUGUCCUUGAUACGGCGGAACAGCUGCGGGACAUGCUCGGCGAGGAUCUGGCGAACGCCCUCAUCAAGCACCGACAGCUGAUUCAGUCGGCAAAGUCCACCCUCAACAACGACCAGGUGCAGGCUUCCACACUGGAGCUCGUGCGCCUGCUGAAGAAGUCACCCUCAGCACAGAGGCUCCAGGUGCUUCCAUACGAACGCACGUACGGCAUUCUGCAGACCCUGCAGUACUUUGAGCAGCUGAGGCAGUUCGCACAGAAGCGGCUGACCACCACGGUGGAGGAGGACAGCAGCAACAGGGAGUUCUUUGAGGAGGUCCGGGACCGUGAGGAGCGAGCGGUGGCGGAGCAGGAGCAGCUCAAACAGAAGCUCAAGCUGCAGCGGGUAGAGCUGCAAAAGGCGGCGGGGACCAUUCAGGUAUCUGAGGACCGGGCUCGUGGCGAGGUGUCGGAGGUGCAGAGCUCCACGCAGCAGUCGCGAGCCGCCAUCGAGGGCUCGGCGCGCGCCCAGUCGGAGGCGGAUAAGUCAUCAUUCCAGUCUGAUCUGGACCAGGUGACCAAGGAGCUGGCGGCGGCACGCGCCGAGCUGGCCCGGCUGCGGCAGGAGCACAAGGACAACGAGGCGCUGCUGCGGAAAGCACGCAAGCGGGCGGAACAGGACGUGGAGGUGCAGAUCGGCGAGUAUGAUGCCGAUGUGGGCGCCAAGGAGGAGGAGCUGGGCAAGGCGCGGGCCGAGUACGAGGAGGUGCUCAGGCAGCUGCAGGAGUACAACAGCGGCUGGAGUGAGAUGUACCAGGAGCGGCUGGAGUACGAGGAGCGGGAGCGGCGGCUCGCGGACCAGCGCUUCCAGGCGGCGCUGUUGGCCGUCCGCCAGAACCACGCGGCGCGCGUGAUCCAGUCCUACUGGCGCGGGUUCAAGAAGGCGCGCGAGGCGGCGAAGAAGAAGGCCAAGAAGCUCGAGAAGGCCAAGGCGGCCAAGAAGAAAUAGGGGGUCAUAGGGGUGAGAGGAUGGAAGGCGUGGAGUGGAGUGGGUGGUGUACGGCCCCGUUUGGUGGGGAGGGCACAUCGGCGCGCUGAUGUGUUGGUCGCGUUGAGCACAGAGCCCGCGGCGGCAGGACGUGGCAGGCGGUUAGAGGCCGUGUGGCGCUGCUCGUGCCAGCUGCGUGGGUGGGUGGGAAUAGAUUGUUAGAUGGCGCGCGCCAACGAGGUGUAGGCGUAAAUGCAGGGUUGCAAACUCAUAAGGCUUUCAAGUUCUUGCUCAGCGCAGGUUGAGGCCGGCCGGUGUCUGGUCAGCGGUCUUUGCUGACAGGCAUAGCACAGCACAGUAUGUGAUGCUUGACAGCGGGACGUGGCUGGAUGCAUGGCGGGACUUGCCUGUACAAACCGACCCAGGUUAUGUCCGUUAUGUCUGAUUCGAAGCGGAGCAAAUUGAAAAUUCUGGUUGGCCUGCUGCCUGCUGCACUAGUGCUUGAUAGCUGGGCGCGAUUGGGCUCAUAUGGCGGGCGGUGCCUGCACAAACCGACCCUGGCUAUGUCCGGGAGAUGAGGAUAGCCGGGAGAUGAGGUUGUUCGGCCUCAGACUGAGGGGCUCAGCCCCUUUUCCCGUGACCGGGGAAUCUUGUCCAGUUUCUUGUUUGAUGGCUGUCGAAGCGGCCUAACCGAUUAGGACGCUAGCUAGUUACAUGGGUUCGGCUAAGUGUGCAGGAUGAAGUGAGGUACGCGGCAUGUGUUCUUCGCAAGGCAUAUGCGCUCAAUGCGCUGGAUGCUGGGCACAUGUGCCAUGCGCGGCAAAACAGCAGUCCUCGUUAGCCGCUGCUGGCUGUGUAAGGACAGAGGCCGUCCGUGUGUCCUGCGCGCCUGGCAGGAGGCCACCUGUAGUUUGGGAGGCCACUAAGGCCAGGCCCCCGGGCAAGGCUGAAGGCUGCAUGGGACGUGCCCUAUACACUCGACAAG